AUGAGAUUGUCGGAGAGGGGAAUCCUCGACACGCCAUCCCAGCCCAUCGCACUCCCCCGCCAAAUCAGCCAAUCCAAGCAGCAUUCUCAGCCAUUCCGGAGCCACACCAUCCACAAGUGCAGGUCCCUUGAGCUGGCCGACCUCGUCCACCCGCAGCAGCCCUUGAUCAAUCUUGCGUGCUUUGGGUUCUUGAUCACGCCGCCCGCCCUCACCUCCCGCCGCGACAGCCCACGGACACCACCCCAUUUCCCCGCCGCCAAACAGAAGCAGCAGAAGCACUCGCCCCUGCUCAACGUCUAUGCCACCCUGUCCUCCAGCUCGCCCAGCUCCAGCAUUUCGGCGAGACCAGCCUCCCACCCGUUGCCUGCCCAAUUGUCCUGUCCCUACCCUCUCUGCUACCCUCCCUCAUUGCCGACCCCACCACCAGGCGCCAGCCCACUAUCCUCCCCAAACGGUUCAACAGCAAAGCCCGGGCCGCAGCCACGCUCAACCACCACCCAAGCUACCAAGCCUGCACUAGCCAAUACCUACGUCCUCAACUGUCCAACCACCCUCCAUGCCCGCAGCAUCUAG